AUGUCUCCCAAGCUAACGCCCCUGGACAAUGUUGCGAACCUACUAAGGUUCAGGAAUACGAAUUCGUUCCCCACGCGCGCAGUAUGGCCUGUGAACAGGCGGGCGGCGGUGUUGAUUUUGCUAUUCAUAGGUACACACGGAGAGUUAAGGGUGCUCCUUACAAAGAGAUCCAGGGGGCUGAACUCUUUCUCGGGUCACGUUUCUUUACCUGGCGGAAAGGCCGAUAACCCUAUGGAGCCCUUUGAAUUGAUUGCGCGGCGGGAAGCAGAAGAAGAGAUCGGCUUCCCCCUGAAUGACGGCGUGCUAAGCGAGGAGUAUAACCUAAAGGUCGACACAAUCAGCGGCGAGCUUCCGCACUAUAUCUCAACGACCUUUCUGAGCGUCAAGCCCUUCCUGUGCUUCCUUUACAACGCAGAUCUUUCAGAUGACGAGAAACACGUCAGGGCGUUGAAAAUCAACAAACCGUUUACGAAGUUGAAUCCGGGGGAAACAUCAUCGGUGUUCUCAAUUCCCCUCCGAGAUCUGGUGGCACAUGAGCUGAGCGAGCAGCCAACCGAUGUUGAGUAUGUUCGUCGGAGGGAGUUUAUGUACGACUGGGGCGGCCUCUCCUGGCUGGUGCGGCACUACUAUUAUGCAUGUGACAACGUCGGCGAAGUCUCGUGGCUCAAUGGUGUGGAGGACCUGAGUUCCGAUGAGGAUGACAGCGGCGGGGAGGUGAUCUGCAAAGAUGUCUGGGGGCUGACGGCCAAAAUCCUAUAUGACGUUGCGCGCGUUGCUGAAGGGCUCGUGCCCAAUUCCAAGUCGGAGGGCGUGUGCGCUCACGAGGCACUAAUCUACGGCUUGCAUGAGCUGGGGAAACAGAUGCAUUCUCCGAACCGUACCACGUGGGAGUUGGGCAUGAUAGAAAGGAAGCGUGCGCUGAGCUGCGCCGACGUGAUCCCAGACUACUACAUGGAGCGUCUGAAGAGCCAUCUUCCGCUCUGA